AUGGCAAAGUGGGGUGAGGGUGACCCGCGAUGGAUCGUCGAAGAACGUCCAGACGCCACUAACGUCAAUAAUUGGCACUGGACGGAAAAAAACGCCACGUCUUGGUCUCAGUCUAAACUGAAACAGUUGCUCGAGGAUCUUGAAGUUAAAGGCAGUGAAGGAACAUGCAAAAUCGUUCAGCUGACAAAAAUAGAAGGUGAAGCAUAUGCCAAUAAUCGUAAAGGGAAACUGAUAUUCUUUUACGAAUGGUGUAUUAAGUGCGAUUGGGAGGGCGUCGUGCCUGGAAACGGCAAGACUUAUAAGGGAGAAAUAGAAAUUCCAAAUCUGAGUGACGAAAAUGGCAUCAAUGACAUUGACAUUGAAGUGUCAUCUGAAAAUAACGAUGAAAACGUGGUACAACUCCUUGAUAUGAUGAGAAACCAAGGCAGCGAGUUGAUUCGAGCGAAAAUAAGCGAGUAUCUCACGCAGCUGACACAGGAGUAUGCGAAAGGAUUGAUUUUACCAACGAAGAAAAACGUCACUCCUAACCUUCGAUUGAAAGAGGUUAAAAAGGGUGAACCUGCUACUGGUACUUUUACGAAAGAGAUUAUUCUAAAUGAAGACCAGCAGAAAGUGGCAACUCCAAAGGAAACGCACAUCAGCACUCAAAGUCUUAAACUGAAAGAGGAGUUUAAGUGUUCAGCAGCAGACCUCUACACGGCUCUCACGGAUCCCAACAUGGUCUGUGCGUUCACACGUGGACCCGUCCAAAUGGAGCCCACAGUUGGUGGCAAGUUCGUUUUGUUUAACGGUAUUGUCGAAGGUCAGUUCUUGGAAAUGAUUCCUGGUUCGCGUCUUAAAAUGCUAUGGAGAAUGAACAGUUGGCCCAGUGACCACUUCUCAACUGUCGAAGUUGAGCUUAACCAAAAAACGGAUUGUACAGAGCUUGUUGUGGAUCAAGCUGGAAUUCCAGUAACGCAUAUUACAAACACCGAAGAUGGCUGGCGACAGCAUUACUUCGAGUCUAUGAAACAGACGUUCGGAUUCGGCGCCCAACUGUUGUGA